GCUUCCACCCAAGGAAGUCCAAGCAAUAUGUCUGCUCUGCGCGUUUCACUGUAGCAGAUCGGAGCGGGCAGACAAGAUCUUGCGACUGGCUGGAUUUGACCGAAAGAUCACAAGACCUCAAAGACAAAUCUUUGAGAAGAAACACUUGAAAUUGGCGCUUAGUCCCACGUGCAAUGUCCGAAACCGUCCCAAACCGGCCUUCUGAUAGUUUACUUCAUUCAGAUCAGCUGUUCCGAGUGCUAGGGGGCGACGCCAUGCAGAUUCUUCGAUGUGGGAUUUGUAUGGAGUUUUUUGACGUACCUAUAGUGUUACCGUGUGGACAUACUUUUUGCCUUCAGUAAGAACUCCAUUUUCCAUUCCUCAGUUGUCAAUUUAAAGAGCGCUGUAGUCGAUAAAAGCAAGAUCCUUAAAAAAUGUGGAUGUUUACGUAAAUUUUAAACAUUAGUAUUCUGCCUCUUUCAAAAACUUGAUUUAUGAUCAUCAAAUUUUGUUAACAUUAAUAAGGAAUUAAAGCAAGCUGAACAUUUAUUGAUUAAUAAGAUGUAUCGCCUUUUAACAAAGUGUAGAACUUUCGCGUUUUAAAAAAUCAAGGUGCACCAGCCAUGGAAAAUUGUUAAAGUUCCUGCUGGAGAGCUGUCGAGCCUAAUCGCAUAUGUUACUAACUUAACAAAAGAUCCUUCUCUUGCUUGAGUGGUUUCUAAAAGGGUUCUCUUGAAACGCUUUAUAAGCUGGUGGGAUUGGGUCGUGUUGCCAGAAAAUGGGAGGAGAUCAAGUCGGUUUCAUCAUUAUUUUGUUUUGCGACAAGUUCUUUUGCGAGGAUUUUUGUUUUUAUUGAUGUUAGAAGUCAUUUAUAGCUGUACUAGAAAGGAACAUGUGUGACGUCAUCUGGUUAUAUUGAUGGUAAAAGUUAUUUAUAGUUGUCGCAUCAAGGAGAGCUAGUGAGCCAAUCUUGAGGUUAUUCGUGACUUGAAUUUAACCGAAAGUUAUUUUAUACCUCAAUUAAAAACCUCCUGGUCUUAAUAUUUAGCUUAUUACCUAUGUAUGUUUCUGGUGCCUGACUAUGAGUUAAUGUAUGUUUCAGGUGCCUGACUGUGAUUCCAUGUAUGUUUCAGGUGCCUGACCGUGAGUUCAUGUAUAUUUCAGGUGCCUGACCGAGAUGUGCAAGCACGCAAGCCGUAACUGUGUUCUGAGUCCCCUGAAAGAUUUGAGGAUAGGCUGCCCCAACUGUCGUGUGCUCAUCUACGCCUCGCCGAUCUUAGAGAGAAAUGUUACCUGUAACUUCAUUAUCCAGUCAUUUCUAGAGUGCCUCAGGGCUAGGGAAGGGGGAAACAAAGUGAGUAGAGUGCCUCGGGGCCAGGGAAGGGGCAAACAAAGUGAGUCAAACCUUUAGAUUUGUUGUUCAACUUAAUCAUGAGAAAUAUUCUCAAGCGUUUAGUACCCAUGAAGGAAUGCCGCAAGAAUCCACAAACCAAAGUUAGUUUUAGGUCGGGUUUUUUCCCCCCAACAUUAAACCAUUAUCUCUUGUCUAUCUUAUAGUAUAUUUGAUAAAGCUGUUGCCAUUUGAAUUAGUAACCAUCUAAUGCAGUGGUUCUCAACCUUUCUAGUGCCGCGACCCUUUAAUACAGUUUCUCGUGUCGUGGCGACCCCCAGCCAGACAAUUAUUUUCGUUGCUACUUCAUCGCUGUAAGGAUAUGUUUUUUCAGAUGGUCUUAGGCGACCCCUGGAAAAGGGUCCGGCUACCCCCAAAGGGGUCGCGACCCACAGGCUGAGAACCGCGGAUCUAAUGCGAGCAAUAUCUCGGUCAUUUUUCUUUUAUUUUCGACUGCCAAGAUUUCACCUCGAGAAUCUGUGCCAGAAAAACGUAACCAAAACACCUUAAGGUAGCAGUGUCAUUGUAAGCGUUUAGUUUUUACCUUUACACCCCGUAUUACCGACCUCUUUACUGUGUCCUGUGACACCUGAACUCUCUUGCAUUAGGGCAUUUGAAAUUACACCCCUCCAUACAUAAUGGUUAAUGGUUUAGAAAACCUCGUUUGUGAUAAGAUGUUCAUAAAUAAUGGCUUAUUGAAAUUGUGGAUUAAUGACAUUUUUAGUCAUUUUCCUAACGCUGAUAAACCCCUGGUAUUGACUAAACUUGUCUAACAUAGACCAGCAUAGACCAACAUAGACCAACAUAGACCAACACAGACCAACAUAGACCAACACAGACCAACAUUGACCAACAUAGAUAGACCAACAUAGACCAACAUAGACCAACAUAGACCAACAUAGACCAACAUAGACCAACAUAGACCAACAUUGACCAGCAUAGACCAACAUAGACCAACAUAGACCAACAUAGACCAACAUAGACCAAAAUAGACCAACAUUGACCAACAUUGACCAACAUAGACCAACAUAGACCAACAUAGAACAACAUAGACCAACAUAGACCAACAUAGACCAACAUAGACCAACAUAGACCAACAUAGACCAACAUUGACCAACAUUGACCAACAUAUACCAACAUAGACCAACACAGACCAACAUAGACCAACAUAGAACAACAUAGAACAACAUAGACCAACAUAGACCAACAUAGAACAUAGACCAACAUAGACCAACAUAGACCAACAUAGACCAACAUAGACCAACAUAGACCAACAUUGACCAACAUUGACCAACAUUGUGGCUCGCAGAUGUUUGCAUGGGUUGUUUAAAUCGCCCAUUGCAUACUGAUGUUGUCUUACUUGUGUUCGUGCCUUGUUCUACACUUGAAUUUCAGCUGAGCAGAGGCGUCAACACAGAUGAGGUGAGGGUGGGCCCUAAGAUUCGUGCCGUCAGCGAUUUGGAGGUUCAAAGGGUGAUCAAAGAGGUCAGAUUUGUUGAGUAUCGUUGCUUCGUCUUAAAUACUCUCACAAAUUAAACUAUUUACUCUAAAUGUGCUAUCUGAGCCAUCGCAAGGCUCUCAUAUAUUGCUAAUGUAACGUAGUGUAAAUUAUUCAUUCAGAAUAGUAAAUAAUGUUUAACUAAAUUCUAUUUUUUUAAAUACAUCUGAUAUGUGUUGUGUGACAAAAUGGGACUUGUAAAGUGAAUUUUGUCAAUGUCCAUCUAACCAACUCAUUCUUUUAUGUAAAAAAAACAACAAAAAAACAAAUAUUCAAUGGGGAUGAUGCUAGGAAAUGGCAAUUGCUAUUACAGGAAACUGUUAUUGCUAUUAUCAGACAAGGGUAACAGCUAUUAUCAGACAAGGGUAACUGCUAUUAUCAGCAAGGGUAACGCUCUUAGCAAGACAUGACAGUCUUGUCUGUCUCCACCCUGUUUCUCAACGAUUUUUGACGUAAUGAAUUAGGUUCAUGAAUACAUAUGUAAUAUCCUAGCCACUUACCUAUGUCUUAUUGGAUGCUACCUCAGGUUAGCCACAAACCAAUGUCUUAUUUGAUGCUACCCCAGGCUAGCCACCUACCAAUGUCUUAUUUGUUUUUACCCCAGGCUAGCCACUUACCAAUGACUUAUUUGAUGCUACCCCAGGCUAGCCACCUACCAAUGUCUUAUUUGAUUCUACCCCAAGCUAGCCACUUACCAAUGUUUUAUUUUAUGCUACUCCAGGCUAGCCACUUACCAAUGUCUUAUUUGAUGCUACGCCAGGCUAGCAACAUACCAAAGUCUUAUUUUAUGCUACCCCAGGCUAGCCACUUACCAAUGUCUUAUUUGAUGCUACCCCAGGCUAGCCACAUACCAAUGUCUUAUUGGAUGCGAUCCCAGGCUAGCCACAUACCAAUGUCUUAUUUGAUGCUACGCCAGGCUGAGCACAUACCAAAGUCUUAUUUGAUUCUACCCCAGGUGGACCGACUGACAGAUUCUUUAGGAAGGCGCACCGUUCUUGACAAUGCUUACUUCGAGAUUGAUGAAAUCAGGAGGCAGCACCUGGCCGAGGAGGCCAAGAUGCAAGAGGAGGAGGAGCAGCAUAAGCACAAGUCUUGGUCAGUGCAUGACGUCACAGCAGCGUCACUUUAAGUUUCAUGGAUGAUCAAAAGCGUUACCACGCAUGUUGUCGACAUUACACUUUUUAAAUCGUGGUUACAACUUGAUGAGAUACGUUCGAUGCAUCUCCUACAUAAAAUACUCUACAAGCUACACAAAAUACUCUACAAGCUACACAAAAUACUAUACAAGCUACACAAAAUACUCUACAAGCUACACAAAAUACUCUACAAGCUACACAAAAUACUCUACAAGCUACACAAAAUACUAUACAAGCUACACAAAAUACUAUACAAGCUACACAAAAUACUAUACAAGCUACACAAAAUACUCUACAAGCUACACAAAAUACUCUACAAGCUACACAAAAUACUAUACAAGCUACACAAAAUACUAUACAAGCUACACAAAAUACUAUACAAGCUACACAAAAUACUCUACAAGCUACACAAAAUACUCUACAAGCUACACAAAAUACUCUACAAGCUACACAAAAUACUCUACAAGCUACAAAAAAUACUCUACAAGCUACACAAAAUACUCUACAAGCUACACAAAAUACUAUACAAGCUACACAAAAUACUAUACAAGCUACACAAAAUACUUUACUAUCUACAUAAAAUCUUUUACAAACUGCACAGCAUAAUCAUAUGCGCAUAUAAAACAUUUCCUGUCAACAUAAUUUAAUCAGAAUAAUAUAUUUUUGGUACAAAUCUCUAUUAAGUUUAAACGUUGAGCUCAACAAAAAUGGAAUAUUUCAUAUAAUUAGCAGUGCGCUUUCUGUCUCACCUAACAUUUUAAAAUAUCACAAGCUUUUGUACUUGAAUACCAUUCUCUGAUAGAACAAACAUUUUGAGAAUUAUGUUAGUUGUUUCUUCAUGUUAACGUUAGUCUGAGAUUCUCAAACGUAUAUUAAUUGAAACUUUAUAAACUUGUUGAGUCAUUAUCCUGAAUCUGAAGUGUUCUCCUUGCCAGGAACCACAAUCGUGUCCCUCCCGCCGCACCCUGUCAGCUGCGGCAGCAACCGUUCCUGCAAGUACAACAUCCACAUAGGCCCAGGUCCUUCAGCUGGGACGCCGUCAAUAACUCAACACUGACCUUGACAACGCCUUCACCUUUUCAGUACCAGCCAAAUCUACAGCAGCAACCACCACUACCACCGCCACCUCAGGUCAACCCUUACCCGAACAAAGCGCAGCCCCAACCGCCGGUGCACCAGCAGCAGCAACAACAACAGCAGCUGCCGUGCCACCUGCAGUCGAACAUGUCGCGAAUCUCCAGGAUGGCCACUGUCCUCCCACUGCAACGGUGUCCGGACUUCAGUCAAUUCUCGAGCUCCGUUGGUCAGCUGGAUCUCCAAUCAGGUCAUCCAUCUCGCCUGGACAAUGACCCGGCCAUAAUGUCUUACUCUUACAAAGCGGCGAUCAACUCUAUUGGCAACAAAUAAACGGGCCAACAUCCAUCGGAAGGAGGGCAGCUCUAAAAGACAAGGGCAAAAAAAAAACAAAAUCGAGAUUGGCUUCUGGACAAAUUGCCUCGAUCUAUCAAUGCUUUAUGAAAGUAGAUUGUUGAAUGUUUUCCAGCAGAUAAAAGUUAGAAGCAGUGUCCUGUUAUGUACACUGAAUGAUUAGUUUUAAUGAAAAACAUCUUAGAAAAAGGAUGGAGAGUCUAAUACGAUGUACAUAGUGUUACAUUCAAUAGUUUCGAAUCUGAAGACAUGGAAUAGGCACAGAUUUUAAUGUCCUGCUGUUUCCUACUUGAGCACACAAUUAUGUGUUUCUUAUGUACAACUCAAUUAAUAUUUUUUUUUUAUCAAAUCCCUUCCCUGGGGGAACGGUCCAUGUAUGACGUCAGACAACGAGGGGCGUGGCCAAUGGAGGGGGGUUGGUGGGAGUGGGGAGAUAGACAUAGUCGACGAUGUGUGAAAACGAGACUGGAGUUCUCACUUUGAUUUCGCUCAAUGUAUUUUUUAAAAUGUAUGUCUUUUAUUUUUAAACCAUAGAUUGGCUCGGCAAUAAGCUGAAGAGCCAGAACUUGAUUUAAACGCUGUUUUCUUGUUUCAUUCUUUAAACUGCUCUAAGUUUUUAAUGUGUUUUGUUUUUCCUUAAUUUUCACCUUUCUUAAAAGGUCCGAGUUUAAAUAGCUCCUCAUAUUUUGACGUCAUAUAUGGACGACCCGCCAAAUAACAAAAAUAUCCCGACCCUAUCAGACGCCAGCAUAUAACAUCACAACUUAAAAACAUUGACUUCAAAUAGCUAAGAAACAAAAAGAUGGGAGAGAAUAAACGAGAGAAACCAACCAACACGACAGCACACGCAGACUAACGUAGUACAGAGAAUCUAAUAAGUUGUUCCAUUUCAUGUUAAACACGAUUCUUUUGGAAGUAUUUAUAGACAAAUGUAUUUUAUUCUAUUCUGUGAGCAAUGUAUAACAGCGUCCAACUGAGUUGACACCGCCC